AUGUGGAGUUCCAGCAAAUUCUUGCGCUCCCCUGAGCAAUCCAGAGCCCAGAGUCCUGAUGAGAGGAAGCAGAAGAAAAAUCACACCAGCAAACUGCAAGAACUGGCAUUGCUGCUGCCAUUAGCGUUGAAGAUCAGCAGUAAGAAACUUACCAAGAAGGAGAUUCUACUGCAUAUCCUGAACUACAUUCACUUCCUGCAGAGAAGCAUCAAUGUGGCCAAGGGCUUGCUCAGCUUCUACAUGACAGAUGGGGAGGGUGCCCAGGGAGGGCUGGGUCAGAACCCAGCUGCUACUUCAACCAGACCGAGAUACUCCACGCCUUCGAGCUCCCCAUUAUCUGCUCAGUCCCAUUUCCGAGGAGGUUGUCGUAAACCUCAGAAAAAGAAGCUGAUCCGGGCACCAGAGCAUCGGACUCGGACUCAGAGCCCUCGCCGCUGCCUGGUUCUGGGCAAGCUCAAGAAGGAAGAGUUCUCGUGUCCAGAUCAGCAGGGAGGAAGCAUCAUGGGGCUCGCCACCCCCUUAAGCAGCUCCGACUUAUGCCAUUUCCCUAAGUCUCAAGGUGACAGGAAGGAAGGAAGAUCCCCGCAGAUGCUGCCAGAUGUGGCUGAGAACAAAGUCCACUGUACCAUCUCAGGCUUGGGAGGCUGCUUUUGCAGAAGCAGCGCCCUGCCCGCGGAGCCGCACACUGAGUGGGAGGCCCAGACUGGGGCUGAGAGCACCCACUUCCUCACCAGGACACAGAACCAUCUCAGUCAGAAGCUGUUGCGCUACAAUUCCAGGGACAAGGUGAACAAGGAGUUCCCAGAUGCUGAUCCUUGGCUCCCCACCUGGAACUCUGUGGACAGCCCCCAAGGGAGCCCACUGAAAUUGGGCCCUCCUCAGAUUGACAACUGGGAUGCUACAAGACACCCGAGGGAGAUCCUAAACCUUAGCCCUUCCCUCUUCAGCAAUCCGGGGAAAUUUCCACCCAAACAGCUCCUGGAUGAUGACACCGAGUACCUGACCCAAGGAGCCCUUUUUGAAGAUACUUUACUUGAUCCUGUGACUGUGCCUAUGACCUGCAAGCUCGAGGUCCCCCAGAACGACACGCCCCCUGGGACUCCUGAGGACUCUCCUGACCUCCAGAGCAGGUUCCAGUCCUCCGUGACCCUGGACCACUGCUACCUGUCACUGAGUGACAACAGCAAGACGUCCAGCUCCAGCUCAGAAGAAACAGAUACAGAUUCGGCACCCGUCGAGCCGCCUGAGGGCCUGCCAUCCUCCAGUGAUGAUGGGGACUACACUUGGACCCCUACCCGGAGGGCCUCAACUGUGUCCACAGCUGGGAAGAAGGCCAAAAAGGACCAGGGGGGCAAGGGCCCCAUGAAGCCCAGGGAGAACAAGAAAGCCUCCUGCUCUGCCCUGAAGAAGAAGUGCGUCAAUGGCUUCAUCAUGUUCUGCAGGAUGAACCGGAAGCAGUACAUCCGGGCCUGCCCUGGGACUGCGUCCACGGCUGCCACCAAGGAGCUUGCCCAGCUCUGGCGCAUGAUGACCCCGCAGGAGCAGAGACCGUACUGCAUCAAAGCCCGCAGGUUCAGCCGCCAGCACAAUAGGAACGUGAAGCAGGUCCACUCCAGCAGCGAGGACGACUACGGGGACACUCCCAAGCCCUUCUACCAGCUGUUGGCCGAGAAGGCCCAGAAGGCCCAGGGUGUCCCAGGGAAUCCCUAA